AGGAGUGACGCAACGCUCCAGAAAGACAACAACAGACAGACCCAUACGUGGCGGCGGGUUAGAGCGCUGUGCGCCAAAACAACCCCGCACUUUCCAGCCGAAUUACAUCCCCAAUUCUCGCGGAUUCACAGUUCCGACAGCGACUUUCAAUCAGGGUGCAUCCUUACAGUGUGACCAUCUGAAUAUUAUGAGGUGACAAACCGGAAAGUACCAGUACCUAAAACAACAUGGAGGGGGAUCCGGUCUUCGUGGUCAAAGGUCAAGAGCCAAAGGGCACCAAGAUGGAGAAGGCGAAAGAAGAAGCGGAUGCGGUCGCGGAACGCUGGAUGAUGAUCGAACAUCUGAAAGCGGAAGAAGAGGAGGAGAAAAACGGUAGAGACGUUUGCCCGUGUUGCGUGUCGGGCGAAAAGGACGCUCACAGGACAGAGAUGGAAGAACUGUGCGGCUACCGGUGCUGGACGCCAUCAUGGCUGCAGAAAUUCACGCACGGGAAAUGCGUGGUUAUCGCCAUCAGCUUACUGACGCUGGUGCAAAGCAUGCUGGUCUCGGGCUACCUCAGCAGUGUCAUCACCACCAUAGAGAAACGGUUCGAACUCCACAGCAGCCAAUCGGGGCUUAUCGUCAGUAGUUACGAAAUCGGGAGCUUGCUGGUCGUGGUGUUUAUCAGUUACUUCGGUGGACUCGGCCACAGACCCAAGUGGAUCGGAUACGGUGCAUUCCUAUUGGCCCUCGGUGCUGCUCUGUUCACCCUACCCCACUACCUGGCCGGGAAAUACGACUGGGAAGCACGCGAUCUGAAAAAUAGAACGGAAGACAGCAAUCUCUGUAAAAACACGACGAACGGGAAUAACAACUCCGAGUGCAUGUCCAAGUCGGGAGAUUCCAUCUUCAUGUUUCUGUUCAUGGGGGCCCAGAUUCUGAUUGGUGUGGGCUCGACCCCCAUCUACACACUUGGUACGACCUACAUUGAUGACAAUGUCAAGAAGAGCCAGGCCUCUAUAUAUCUAGGUAAGUGGUGUGGCAAAUUAACAUCAUACAUAGUUAUUACAUACAAUCUGGUGUUACAUUUGCAAUGGAUGGAUGGAUAGAUGGAUGG